CUCACUCAGUCGUCCGCCAUGGCGACGUCAGGAAGCCUCCUCCUCGAUGCGAGCUGCGCCUAAAGCCCCGGCUGGGAUUUAUUAUUAUUAUUAUUAUUAUCACUAUUAUUAUUAUCACUCCCCCACUACGGCUGGACGUGGAUGUAAUAUCUCCCCUCCUCAGCUGUGGGAAAUACUUUGGCGUGGACAAGCCCGCAUUAGGAGAGAAGGGGCCGGGCAGUGAGCAGUGCAGCACACCAUGGCCGAGCCGGACCCAGAACCAAUGUCCUCUGGAGCAGGGCAGCGCCUUGGAGCCCCCGAGACUCUUGGCAUCAGUACAUUGGACCCGGGGCACAGGCCUCCGGUGAUGCCCCCUGGGCGCCACGUCACCCUCCGGGUCCGUAUGUUGGACGACACGGAGGAGCUGUUCGACAUCUCGCAAAAAGCCUCGGGCAAGAUGCUGCUCGACCUGGUGUGCUCCCACAUGAAUCUCAUUGAGGGCGACUACUUUGGUUUGGAGUUUCAGAACCACCAAAAGAUGGUGGUCUGGUUGGACCAUAUCAAACCUAUCAUCAAGCAGCUCAGACGGCCGAAGCAUACGAUCCUGAGGUUCAGCGUGAAGUUCUUCCCCCCAGACCAUGCCCAGCUGCUGGAGGAGCUGACGAGGUACCUGUUUUCCCUGCAGAUCAAACGGGAUCUCUCCUGCGGACGUCUGACCUGCAACGACAGCAGCGCCGCGCUGAUGGUCUCCCACGUCAUCCAGUCUGAGAUCGGGGACUUUGAGGAGAGCCACUGCCGGUCACACCUCCUCAACAAUAACUACAUCCCAGAUCAGAUGCCCCUGAUCGACAAAAUCAUGGAGUCUCACUCCGCGCAUAUAGGACAAACACCAGCAGAAUCCGAUUAUCAGUUAUUAGAAGUGGCUCGUAAACUGGAGUUGUAUGGCGUUCGGCUCCACCCCGCCAAGGACCGGGAGGGCACGAAGUUAAGCCUGGCCGUGGCGCACACGGGCGUCCUGGUCUUCCAGGGACACACGAGGAUUAAUGCCUUCAACUGGGCUAAAAUCCGUAAACUGAGCUUCAAGCGAAAGCGCUUCCUCAUCAAGUUGAGGCCGGAUCUGAAUAGUUCAUAUCAAGACACGCUGGAGUUCCUGAUGGCCAGCAGGGACUGCUGCAAAGUGUUCUGGAAGAUCUGCGUUGAAUAUCACGCCUUCUUCCGCCUCUUCGAGGAGCCCAAGGCCAAGCCGAGGCCCGUGCUCUUCACCCGCGGCUCCUCCUUCAGAUUCAGCGGGCGCACGCAGAAGCAGGUGAUUGAUUAUGUGAAGGAGUCCGAGUUUAAGAAGAUCCCCUUUGAGAGGAAACACAGUCGGGUCCAGUACAACAGCCGUCUGUCUCCGCUGCCUUCGCCACGACACCCUGAAGUGCCAACAGAAAGUGGCGUCUCCAGGGACAGACUCAGCUCUCCUCCUCGCCGCCACUGGAAGGAGUCGGUUCUGGUGAGCGCAGAGGACCCGACGGCGUCACGGACCGAGAGGUCGAGUCCCUCCCAUCAGACGAACGGCCUGGAGGACAGGAAGGGCUCGCCGUCCCGAGCGGAGGAGAGGCGGGCCUCGCCGCGGCAGAGCCGCCCGGAGCAUCCAAGCACAGGUGUGGCUUCGGAGAGCCCUCGCCUGGCCGCCUCGUCCGGACACCCCUACGGGAUGGUGAAUGGUCAGAAAUCUCUGGACCUGGGCAGCCACAGUCCCAACGGCCGACAGCCUUCGCCCCUCACCAGCCCGCUGCUCAACGACGCCUGCAGCGUCCGCACGGACGAUGAAGACGAGGUCCGCCGGAAGAGGUUUCCGACGGAUCGAGCCUACUUCAUCGCCAAGGAGCUGCUCACCACAGAGAGGACGUACCUGAAAGACCUGGACGUGGUGACGGUGUCUUUCCAGAACGCUGUGGGAGAAGAUGAAGCGGCUCCAGACUCCGUGAAGAACGCCAUCCUCGCCACCUUCGCGCCGCUGCACAAGUUCCACACCGGUUUUCUCAGGGAGGUGGAGCAGCGUCUGGCUCUGUGGGAAGGACGCUCCAAUGCACACAUUAAAGGAGACUACCAACGUAUUGGUGAUGUCCUGGUGAAGAACGUUCAGGCUUUGAAGCCUCUGACGGUGAACCUGAGCAAGCAGUCUGAAGUUCUGCUGGAGCUGGAGAAGUCGUGCAAGGCGUCCCGCAGGUUGGAGAGCCUAUGCAGGGAUUUCGAGCUGCAGAAGGUCUGCUACAUCCCCCUCAACGUGUUCAUCCUGCGGCCCCUGCACCGCCUCCUGCACUACCAGCAGAUCCUGGAGCGCCUGUGUAAACACUACCCGGCUACCCAUGUGGACUUCAGGGACUGCAGAGCUGCUCUGGCGGACGUCUCCGAGGUGGUGGAGCAGCUCCAGGAGAGCCUCAUCAAGACGGAGAACUUCCAGAAGCUUCUGGAGCUCAAGAAGGAUUUGCUUGGCGUUGACAAUCUUGUUGUUCCUGGUCGGGAGUUCAUCAGGUUAGGCUGCCUUAGCAAGCUGUCUGGAAAAGGCCUACAGCAACGAAUGUUUUUCUUGUUCAACGACAUCAUUUUGUACACGACUCGAGGGAUAACGCCGACCAACCAGUUCAGAGUGCACGGACAGCUGCCGCUCCGCGGCAUGACAAUCAGAGAGAGCGAGGAUGAGUGGGGUGUGCCUCACGCCUUCACGCUGGUCGGGCAGGGCCAGUCGGUGGUGGUGGCAGCGAGUUCUCUGACGGAGAUGGAGAAGUGGAUGGAGGACAUCAAGGUGGCGAUUCAGAUGGCAAAAACCAGCAACGGGCCGUCGUCCGACCUCCUGACCAGCGACCUGACGGACAACAAAUGCCCGGAGGACUCUUCGGUGGAGGCAGAGUCCGAGGACGACAUGACAGCUUCGCACGGCUCGCUGGAGAGGCCCGCCGCUCACCGUGGUAACACCAUGGUGCACGUGUGCUGGCACAGGAACACCAGUGUGUCCAUGGUGGACUUUAGCGUAGCUGUGGAGAAUCAGCUCUCAGGAAACUUGCUGAGGAAGUUCAAGAACAGCAACGGCUGGCAGAAGCUCUGGGUGGUUUUCACCAACUUCAGCCUGUUUUUCUACAAGUCCCACCAGGAUGAUUAUCCCCUGGCCAGCCUUCCUCUGCUGGGUUACUCGGUCACCAUCCCCUCCGACAAUGAGAACAUCCACAAGGACUACGUCUUCAAACUUCAUUUCAAGUCCCACGUCUACUAUUUCCGAUCAGAAAGUGAAUAUGCUUUUGAAAGGUGGAUGGAGGUCAUCCGCAGCGCCACGGUCCCAUCAAGUCGCGCUCGGGUCCUGAACAGCAAAGACUGAGUUGGGACUUCUCGUCUCUCCACGUGCCAUCUCCUCCGACAGGCAUCUGCCCGUCCCGUCCUUCCCAUGACUUCCUUCUUUUCAUUUUUUUUUUUUCUACGCAUAUCUGGGACAUUUGUACAUUUGUUCCAUGCACAUUUGGUGCUUUUUUUUAAUGCUUUAAUGGUGACAUGUCCGCUGGUUUAGACUGCAUCAGAGACUGCGUUUUUACUCCCAACUCUGAAACCUCUUUUUAAGGAUGUCAUUUUAUACUGUUUUUCUAAUGGUCCAAACCACUUCCUAUCUUUCCAGUUUUACAUUUUGUCAUUGGUUGUUUUUACAGCAAAAACACGUUGAUAUAGAUUUCCAGCAUCCUUUCUUAGAUGGUUAAACUCUCACUGCAUUGUCAUAAACUCUUUUGUGUACUUGGUCAUUUAACUGAUGAUUAAAAAAAAAAAAAGAAGAAAAAAGCUGCUUUGAAAACGUCCAUAUUCAGUGCCAAAUUAGUUUUUUGGACUUUUUAAUGCUAUUUUGUUACAUUGGGGGAUUAGGAUGUUCCCCUGUGUACCAUGAGAUUUUUAAAGUAAAUUAAACUGGCAGCCCUUUAAUGAUAGAAGCUUCAUUCACACGUAACUCAGAAAAAUGUACCUGUUUCAAAACAGAAGAUGAAAAGUAUGAAAUUAUUUUAUUACAAGGGGUAGCUACUAUCACCACUAAUACAGUCUCAAAUAAAUCUUGUAUUUGCUAAUCUUUGUUCUAUGAACACAGAUUUUUGUUUUCCUUUUUUCUUUUUAUAACUCUGCCUUUCCCCAUUCAGGUGUAUGAGAAAAUGUGACAUUUGUUCAUAAUCACUGUAUUAUGAAGGGAAGAGUAAGUGAAAGCUUUAAAGAUUGUGUGUGGAAAAAAAGACAAACUAGAAACUUUCAGCUCCAAGUUGCCCUCACUGAGCUCGGCUGCCUCCCGGACGCGGAGCUUUUUAUGGGUCUGAAUGAAUGGAAAAGUGAAGUGAAGUAUUUUGAGGGUGAAAACCUCAGUUCUGUUUGGAAUUGUGAUGUUUAUUCCAGACAUCAGCGAGCUCUUUGGAAAUGAAAAGCAAUAGAAAAAAAAAUAAAAACGAAAAAAAUCUUUCCUCAAA